UCUCAUGUUAGAGUAAAGCGUUGCCUGGAGGCUUUUGUGGCCCUUUGGGUUGGAUUUUGUCUCAUUAUAGUAUUCUGGUAGAUUAACCUGAUGAAGUGUUGCAAUAAUUACAGUUAGACUUACUUUCAUUCAUUUUUUAAUGCUCUGAAAUGGGAGCUCUAUAGCACUUCAGUUGCCAAAAUAACAAAUUACUUAAAUGGAGAGGAAGACAAUGAGAUUAGAAAUGUUAUCAGGAAAAACAAACCCUAGAAAAAUGCAAAUGCUUUUAAAAUGAUAGUGUUGGAGAUAUAAAGGAGUGAAAAGAAAUACUGGAUGAAUAUGAACAACUGGAGAAAACAAGUCAAGAAAAGCAAAUUCUCAUUUUGGAGUGCCUGUGGUGUGAGGUACAGUUGUGAACUCAACAUGGCUACUUCCACAAGUCUCAGUCACUCAACCUAAAUUUUGUGAACUUCUGAUUUGGGACAAAUAAGUUAAAAGAUUGCUGAGGGAGACUUGUAGCUGUUCUUUUGUCAUAAGUAGAUUUUUAGGAACUAGCAUCUGCAAUUCACCAUGUUUUAGAGGCUAACCCAAGAAUAUAAUCUGUAUUAUUGAGCAUCUGAAUUGCAGAGAGGUGAUAGAGGCAAGUUAUAAGGAAUGAAAUUUAUUCAAAGGCUGGGCAGUUCACCAUAGUCUGUGAAAAUGCACUACUUUAUAUACCAAUUGGCUAAAUAAUUCAAAGAGAAUCUUUCCAUAAGACAGUUACAUGCAUAGUGGCUGCAGCCAUAUCAUUGGACUACAGCAAAAUGCCAUCGGUGGAUUGAAAACCUGAAAAAUAAUUUUAAAAGUAGUCAAGAUAGGGUGGCUGCCAUCUUUUCCUUCACUAAAAAAAAUUCCUUGCAGUGCUGUGUUUGGAUGUAUUGACCAGCAUUAGUAUUAUUUUUUGGUCUGUCUAGUACACAGGAAAGAGUGUGUACAAGAGGUUUUGUUUCCACAUAGUCUUUGUCCAUACCAGGGGCUCUGUAUGUGUAUUAGGGGAGGUAAAUGCCAAUGAUACAGGCUGCUUUCGGGGAAGGAAGAUGGUGAAUGAACACUUUCUUAUGGUUAUUUCUUCCUGACAGAAACUUUCCCGCAUAAAGCUUCAGUUAGGAAUUUUUUCUCAUAGCUGGGUAACAAAAAUACUUGGCGUUCUCUUCAUUGCAGGCAAUUAUAGACAAUUUUAAUUAACUUGCUUUAAUUGAGAAGUUUGAACUCAAGACCGUGAGCUUGACUCCAUAGUUAGUAGUUAGAUCUUUUGAGAACAGAUGGAUUGAUUUGACAUGUUUACACCCUCUAACAACAUUUCAGAUUAAAAUUCUACUUCUGCACUGAUAAAUCAAGUUCAUUAAAUUAUUGUUUCUCAAAUAGGUUGAAUUCUCAUUAGUUUUCAGCCUGUAUUUUUCAAAAUUUUUCAGCUAAUACUGAAAUAAUUUUCAGGACAGAAACAUGAAUGUAUCCAGGCUGCUGUCAAAGAUGUUUCCAGUGAGUCUGCAUGAUCUCAGUGUUAUAUUUUAUCUGUUUUCUUUCGGAAGUUCAGAAGGAUGAUUCCCAGAGACUUCUGGAAAGCUUCAACUCUGAUGAAAAAGAGCACACGAUCCCGAAAAAUAAAGCAGAACUCUACACAUCAAAAGAGGAAAUGGUGUUGGAGGAAAGUGAGUCUCCUCUGAACAGUAACAUCACAGCAUUUGCAUUAAAGGCAAAAGUGAUCUAUCCCAUCAACCAGAAAUUUAGGCCUUUGGCAGAUGGCUCAUCCAAUCCAUCUCUGCAUGAGAAUCCAAAGCAGGCAGUUCUGCCUAAUCAGGUCAUGGAGACAUCUACGUCAGGCAGCCUGGGAUCCCUGAGCCAGGGAGACAAGGACGACUGCAGUUCCUCCACAACAAUACAUUCCACAACAAGCGAUGACAGAUUUCAGGCUCGAGCCUUCCUCAAGGUGACCAGUUUCCCUGAAGUGCUAACGUGUGAGAGUUUUGAUGUUAAGCUCUGCCUUUGCAGUCUUAUUUUAAAAGAUCUCAUGCUUCUUGAUACUGAACUCAGAAAAGAAAAACAUGUGAUGUUUAUUCAGGUUUUCAAAAUAUACCUCACAGACUUUUAUCAUAAAAAGAAGAUUACUGAUGAUUUAUUCAAGAAGAUCCUUUUAAUUCAGGAAAAUGAUUUUGAAGAAUUACAGAAACAACUUGAUUCUAGACUCCAGAAUACUGAGAUGUCAGGAGCCCAUAAUUCAGAGUACCAGACUCUGGAAGACUUAGAAAGGAAAGAAAGAGAAUAUUCUGAGCACGUAAUAGAUAAUAUGGAAGCUUUCUGGAAGCAGACUGACAAAGCCCAGCAGGCUUUUUUGGACCAAUCAAAAUGCUCAAGUGCCAAAGCAACAAAGAUAAGGAUGGAUCUGACCGAGAAGAUGAUUGCAGUAGAAAACUUGUUAAGUGAAUCUCAAGAUUUGCAGGCAAUGGACAUUCAGGAAAGGUUAUUCAACUGGGAGCUUAUGGUAAAAAUGAUUGAUUCACUGAAGUCCUAUAUACCAGAAGAGUGCAAGUGUAGAUUAAACAUUGUAUCAAACAUUCUGGACCAUUUAACUGUAAAGAAUAAUCUCUCCGUCCGACAAAAGGAGGAACUUUUAACAGAUCUGCACAAGGCCUUCUGGGAACAACUGGCAUAUUUCAGUAAUGAAUGUAUCCAGCAAAGUAAAGACCUGAUCUUGAAACGACUGGAGUGCCGUGCAAAGAAGAGAGAAGUGUUCAAACACAGACAGAAAGCUGAGCAAGGGAGUCUCCUCAGUAAAACUGUUCAUAAUAAAGAUGUUCAUGAUUUUCUUAAGGCUUACCAUGAGCUGUUAGAGAAGCAUCGGCAAGCACAGUGGGACCUGGAGGAGGAGGAUGACUGCGAAAGCACAGAGGCUGUUGCAGAGCUCUACAAGGAGCUGUACUCUCGAGCUUCCCAUGCUUUAGCAGAUUUGGUGACGGAGCUGUUUCUUCAGACCCUGCCUGUUGUGACCAGCCUCUCUGUAAGAGAAUGUGAACUUCUGAAAGAGGAAUGGCAAGAGAAUUUGGUCCCUCAGCUGGAGAAAUGGGAGAGCCACCGCCAGAGACGCUGGAAGCUUUUCCAGGAACAACUACUGCAAGAAAAAAAACUAUGGAUAAAGGAAUAUGCUCUGUCUGCUGUGAUGCAAAAGCACAUGUCUGAGAAACAAGAGAAGAUAAUUCAAGGUGUCAUAAGCAGACUAGGAUGCCUCAGUGAUGAGUCUGUUAACUAUAUAUUGCAAAAACACCGACUUCUGGUGUGUUCAGUACUCAGAAGGUUAACCCUCCGAAGAGUUGGAAUGUCAGCCCUGGCCCGCAUGAGACUGUCCAGAAAGAAGAGCCUGCUUCAGGAACUGAGAGAGCAACAUACCCUGCAGAAGGGAUCCUCCCUCUGUCAAGAUGAGGACCAGUGGCAGCUACAGAACGCAGUGGAGUCCCACAUUUUGGAAGAGGAGGAGAAGCUUGAGGAAGAAACGCAGCAAAUGCAUUUAGAAUUCCACCACCAGCUAGUCACAGAAAUCCAAGAAGCUCUCCAGUUUCUUCAGCAGCACAUGGAGCAGGUGAUAGGGCAAACACUGCUUCAGCAUGCCCGACGGGAAGCUGGAAAAAAGAGUUCAGAUGAUGGACAGGAUUUCAAGGAGAGACUGGUGGAAGCUGCUGUAGAGAGUGUGUAUGGGACCAGCAAUAAUAUCAACAGACUGGUGCAAAAUUACUAUCAACAAUUAGGAAAAAUCACAGAAGGCUAUGAAGGGAAAAAGCUUCAACAAUUGAAAUCCUUACAAGCAGAAAGAGGCGAAAAGAACAGACUUAGGAAGAAGGAAGAGAAUGAACUGGCAUUGAAAGAAAAACAGACCAAAGGCCUCCUGAACAUAUCAUCCACAGUCCAUCAAAGGAUGGUGCUGCAACAAAAGAAGGUUUUGUCUCAGUUUGAACUGCAGCAACAAAUUCGUCUGGAGUCUCUGAAACAAAAGCUGCUGGGAUUGCAUCAUCUAGAAACAGAGUUGGAGAAUCAGCUAAAGGAAGCAGAGCAGGACUUUGUCAGCGAGUUGGCUGCGCUGGCACGAGUUCCAGUCGCUGUGAAGAAGAAGCCUUCAAAAAAGAGCAAGCCAGCAGGGGAAAAAACAAACUCAAAAAGGAAGACCUUUCAGUCACCAGAAUCAGCAGACAAAGAUGAUUCUCAUGAAAAUACUCAAGAGCCCCCUGGACUGAUUUCUGGCUUUUGCAGAGGGAAGUUGCAGAGUACACAUGAAGGGGAGACUGAACCAAGGAAAAACUCAAAGAUGUCAGAAAAAAUAGGCAACAGAUAGUAAAAGUAUUUAUAUGAGCUGUCUGAACACAGAGUACCAAAGCAUUCUUCUGGGGAACCUCAGCAGCUAUAAAUACUUACUGAGCUGUUUUACUGAGGAACAGCGAAGAACAUCAAUAAUAACUGAGAAAUCUUCUUUAGCUACAGACCAAGAAUCAAUCCUGACUUCCUUUAGCUGUUAAUAAAACAUUGCCACUGGGUUCUGUUAAGGGGCAACAAGGAAGUAUCUUCCAGAUCGCCUGGGGAAUGUGGAGAGGAGAUAGUUUUAAAUUAGGAAUGUACCUGAGGGAGUUGCUCUUGUAGGAGAACAGAUCCACACUAGGCUGGUUGCCCAGGCCAGUGUAUCUCAGUAAGGUUUCAUUACAAUAUGAGGUACUUUUGAGAUUUUAGGGCUUUUUUUUGCCCUAAAUGUGGUAGAUCAGGUCUUAAUAUUUUGUGAUUGCUGCUUUGGAAUAACAAAACUAGGGAGAAAUGUAAAGAAUAUGUAAACAGAUUUCAGAAGAUAUUGGUACGUCAAAAGAUUACAUUUGGUCUCUUUUGUUAUAUUUUAGUACUUUCAAGACUGUAUGCUUUUUUAUAUUUGUACAAAGAUUUUUAUAAAUGUAUUUCUCUGCA